GAGCUCGAGGCCAAGAGCGACGGUCACUCCGCGCCAGAAGAGCAAACGAGGCUGUCUAAAGCAAGCACCGUUCAGGGCAAGCUAAUGGCGGGAAGAAGCGAGCCGGGAAAGGACGCCCCCCGUUAGCCCCCUUUCCCCGAGGGGUGCCAGCUUUCUUUCCCGGUACUGAUCCUCUACCUUCAAGCCGCUGCCUGCGUUAAAAGAUGUAAGGGGGCGAAGCCUCCCCCCGCGGAGCUGCUGGCUCAAAGCACGGGAUCACUCCUGGAAGGAAAAGUUGGCAACCGCCUCGCUCCUCUCGCCAAGGAGCGCGGGAGGGGCGCAGAGAAGCACCGCGCGGGUUGCUGGUAUAUAUGUCCCACAAUGCCCAGCUAGGCUGGCCAAGCAGCGCCAGUGGGCGUGGCUCCUCCGCUGCCCUGCGGGUGCGGUGCUCGUGUGAAGCGUGCCAGGCGCGGCUCCUGCGCCGGGGCUGCUGCGCCGCCCCCCAUCCAGCAGCCUUCAGGAUCGAGAGGGGACCGCCGCCGCUGCGGGGACAGGCCUCCCCUGCUGGAGGCGUAGUCAUAAAUCAGUCAGACAAAGGUCUCUCCUCUCCCUCAGUACCUUCAGCUUUGACUCUCCGCGAGUGGCCCGCGACGCCUCUCUGGACAGGGCCCCUUAAAGGCGCAGCUGCUCCGCCGCUACAAACUCUCUCCCUCGCCCCUCGAAGGUCCCAACGCCCGCCCAGGCAGCCCCGCGCCCCGGCCGGCUCUCUCGGAAGCGCAGGGCUCCUGGUGGCGGGGCGAGGAUGAAGCAGCAAGCGGAGCAGGAGGGAUGCGCUGUGGGAAGCCGCGCUGGCCCUGCGGGGUGACUGGUGCCAAGCCGCGGGAAGGCUGAGGCGCUAGUCCGGGCGGCAGGAGAAGGGUAGGCCCAAGGUGACUGCUUGGCCAGACCCGCCCUCUCGGCGCCCCCGGCGCCGCCGCCGCCCUGCCGCAGCCUCCUUUACCUCUUUCUUUGUGCAUCCCUCCGCACAGCCCGGGUGGCGGGCUCAGGUCCCGCUGCGUCUCCAUCCCUCGGGCUCAGCGCUUGUGGAAGCGGCGAGGAGCAGCCUUUUCUCUCCUGGACCUUCCUGGGAAGCGGCCCUUGCAGCAGGCCGGUGGGGCCCCGGUCUUGCCUGCCGGAGCUGGGAGGACCCCAGCCGAGCACUUGGACUGCCGCCAGGCCCGGACAGAGGCGCUGGUGCUGGCGGAGCUGGGCUGCGCCGCCGGGCAGCCCCGAGCCGCGUGUCCCUCCCGCCUGCGUUGACAGGCGCCGCCAAACGCUCGGGCAGCGGGCAGGGCGAGUCAUUCAGAGCCCUGCGGAGGCACCUGGGGAGCAGGUGGGCUAGAGGCCCUUGUAGCUCCAGGAGCUCUGGAAGACCUGUGCAAAUCCGUGAAGGAGUCUGCUUCCCUGUGGCAGGAUGGCAAACGUCACACCAGCUAAGCUGGACAACUUGGAGGCGCAGCAGCAGCAGAACAACAAUGUGCGGUGGGAGAACACAGACCACCCCCCCCAUCGGCCUUGGGAUGAGGACACAGCCACGGCCAAGCUCUUUGAGUGCUCGCGGAUCAAGGCAUUGGCUGACGAGCGAGACUCUGUGCAGAAGAAGACCUUCACCAAGUGGGUCAACUCCCACCUCGGCCAGGCCUCCUGUCGGAUCAGCGACCUCUACACAGACCUGCGGGACGGAUUCAUGCUGACCAAGCUGCUGGAGGUGCUGUCUGGGGAGCAGCUGCCCAAACCAACGCGUGGGCGGAUGCGGAUCCACUCCCUGGAGAACGUGGACAAGGCGCUGCAGUUUCUGAAGGAGCAGCGCGUGCACCUGGAGAACGUGGGCUCCCAUGACAUCGUUGACGGCAACCACCGCUUGACGCUGGGCCUCAUCUGGACCAUCAUCCUGAGGUUCCAGAUCCAGGUGAUCAAAAUCGAAAUGGAAGACAACAGAGAGAUUCGCUCGGCCAAGGACGCCUUGCUGCUCUGGUGCCAAAUGAAGACGGCUGGGUACUCCGAGGUGAAUAUUCAGAACUUCACCACCAGCUGGCGUGAUGGCCUGGCCUUCAAUGCGCUCAUCCACAGGCACAGGCCAGAUAUAAUUGAUUUCAAGAAGCUCACCAAAUCCAAUGCUGCCUACAACCUCCAGCAGGCUUUCAAUACAGCCGAACAGCAGCUGGGACUUGCCAAACUGCUUGACCCAGAAGAUGUCAACAUGGAACACCCUGAUGAAAAGUCCAUCAUCACGUAUGUGGUCUCCUUCUACCACUACUUCUCCAAGAUGAAGGCCCUGGCUGUGGAGGGGAAGCGGAUCGGAAAGGUGCUGGAUCAGGCUCUGGAGAUUGAGAAGAUCAUUGAGCGGUACGAGUCUCUUGCCAGUGAGUUGCUCGAGUGGAUCGAACUCACCAUCACCAUUAUCAGCAACCAAAAAUUUGCCAACUCCCUGGCUGGAGUCCAGCAGCAACUGCAAGCCUUCACUGCCUUCUGCACUCUGGAGAAGCCUGUCAAGUUUCAGGAAAAGGGGAAUCUGGAGGUGUUGCUCUUCUCGAUCCAGAGCAAGCUUCGAGCCAACAACCGCAAGCUCUACGUCCCAAAGGAAGGGAAGGGCAUCUCCGACAUCAACAAGGCCUGGACCAGGCUGGAGAAGGCGGAGCACGGGCGGGAGGUGGCUCUGCGCAAUGAGCUGAUUCGUCAGGAAAAGCUGGAGCUGCUGGCCCAGCGCUUUGACCACAAGGCCAUCAUGCGGGAGACUUGGCUGAACGAAAACCAGCGGCUGGUCUCCCAGGACAACUUUGGCUACGACCUGCCUGCAGUGGAGGCCGCUAUGAAGAAGCACGAGGCCAUUGAGGCAGACAUCUCUUCCUACCAAGAGCGCAUCCAGGUGGUGGUGGAGCUGGCCCAGGAAAUGGCAUCAGAGGGCUACUACGACAGCAAACGCAUCAGCGCCCAGAAGGACAACAUCAUGCGCCAGUGGAGCCUCCUGACAGAGCUGGUCAGCGCCCGGCGGGCCCGGCUGGAGCAGAAUGUGGCCCUCCAGAAGAUCUUCCAGGAGAUGGUCUACAUGAUUGACUGGAUGGAUGACAUGCAGGCCCAGCUGUCAUCCAAGGAGUUUGGGAAGCAUCUCCUGGAAGUGGAGGAUUUGCUGCAGAAGCACAGCCUGCUGGAGGCUGACAUCUCUGCGCAGAGUGAGCGGGUGCAAGCCCUCAAUGGGGAAGCCCUCAAGUUCUCGGAGCUGGCAGGCUACCAGCCCUGUGACCCCCAGAUCAUCUGCAACCGGGUGAACCACGUCCAGAGCUGCCUCGAGCAGCUGCAGGAGCUGGCGUCCAAGCGGCGGAAGGAGCUGGAAGCCUCCCGCCAGCUGUGGUCCUUCUUCCAGGAGAUGGAGGAGGCCGAGGCUUGGGUGCGGGAAAAGGAGCACAUCCUCUCCUCCUCACAGAGCUGCGGCAAGGACCUGAGCAGCGUGGCCAAGCUGCUGAGCAAGCACAACAUCCUGCUGGGGGAGCUGGGCGGCCGGUGCUCCUUGCUGCAGUCCGCCAUGAGGCGGGGCGAGCAGGUCCUGCUGCGGAAGCGCUGUGGCCCCAGUGCCAUCCAGGAGAAGAUCCGGGAGGUGCGCCAGCACUGGAAGCAGCUGGAGGAGCUGGCAGCCUCCCGCCUGCAGAAGCUGCAGGGGGCCCUGAGCUUCUACCAGUUCAGCACCGACACCGACGACCUGGUGGCCUGGCUGCAGGACGCCUACCGCCUGGUCUCCAGCGACGACUUUGGCCACGACGAGUCCUCCACCCAGUCACUGGUCAAGAAGCACAAGGGGGUGGUAGAGGAGGUCGACAAGCACCGGGCGGCCGUCCUGACCCUGCGCAAGCAGCUGGCUGCCUUGGCGCCCGAGUACCACGAGCUGGUGGAUGUUCAGGUCCGCAUCGUGGAAGUGGAGCAGCUGUACGGGGAGGUGGCCGAGGUAGCCGUGCUGCGGCGGGAGUGGCUGCAGGAUGCGCUGGCUGUCUACCGCAUGUUCGGCGAGGUCAACGCCUGUGAGGUCUGGAUCGACGAGAAGGAGCAGUGGCUGAACAGGAUGGAGCUGCCCCAGAAGCUGGAGGACGUUGAGGUGGUCCAGCACCGGUUUGAAAGCCUUGACCAAGAGAUGAACAGCCUGAUGGGUCGGAUCCUGGACGUCAACCAGAUAGUGCAGCAGCUCGUCGAUGGAGGUCACCCGAGUUCCUCUGAAGUCCGGUCCUGCCAGGACCAUCUGAACAGCAGGUGGAACCGUGUGGUAGAGCUGGUGGAGCAGAAAAAAGACCACCUCGACUCGAUCCUGAAGAUUCAGAACUACCUGUUAGAGUGCAACGAGAUCAAGUCUCAGGUCUGGGAGAAGCGCAAAGCCAUUGAGUCCACCCAGUACAACAGUGGCGACUUGGGCAGUGUCCUCUCCCUCCAGCGCCGCCUCUCCACCAUGGAAGCUGCCCUGGUGGUCUUGGAGCCCCGGCUGAUCGAGCUGCAACAGGAAGGGGAGGCGCUGGCCAACACCCACCCAGCUCAGGCCAUGGAGAUCCUGAUGCAGUUUGAGGAGAUAAGCGAGGAGUGGGAGGCUCUGAAGAGGACCCUUCAGGGCUGCGAGGACUCACUCACUGUGGCCAGCAGGCUGCAGCAGUUCAUCCAGGACCUGGACAGCUUCCUGACAUGGCUGGUGAAGACGCAGGCGGCAGCAGUUUCAGAGGAACUGCCUGGCAACCUGUCUGAGGCUGAGGAGCUGCUGAACCAGCACGCCUCACUCAAGGAGGAGAUCAACCGCUACGAGGAGGACUUUGCCAAGAUCCAGGCGGUCAGCGACCUGCUGGCCCUGGAGGAGGCGGACCUGCCAUACCUCUCGCUCCAGCAGUGGCUGCAGAAGCUGGACGUGGGCUGGAACAAGCUGCUGGAAAUGUGGGAGAGCCGGCGGGAAGUGCUGGUCCAGGCUCACAUCUUCUUCCUCUUCUUACGUGAUGCCAAGCAGGCAGAGGUCUGCCUGGACAGCCAGGAAACAACUCUGGCCCACACAGAGUUGCCCACGACGGUGGAAGGGGUGGAGAAGGGCAUCAAGAAGCACAAGGACUUCAUGACAACCAUGGAUCUCAACCUGCAGAAGACCACGAUGGCCCUCAAGGCUGGCGAGAGCCUGAUUCGGCAGGGCAACCUCUAUGGCGAGCGAGUGAAGGACAAAAUGGAUGCCCUCCAGGCAAAGAGCCAGCACAAUCUGCAGCUUGCACAAGCAUGGAUGCAGCGCCUCAGUGACCACCUGCAGCUGCAGCAGUUCCUGCAGAACUGCCACGAGCUCGAUGGCUGGGUGGCCGAGAAGGAGACGCUGAUGGCCGGCGAGGCGCCCCGCGGCACGGACGCUCUCCCGCGGCACCAGCGAGCGCCCAAGCGAUGGCUCCGACACCGCGCCUUCAUGGCCGAGCUGGCCCAGAACAAGGAAUGGCUGCACAAGAUCGAGAAGGAGGGGCAUCGGCUGAUCAACGAGAAGCCUGAGCUUGCUGAAACCGUGAAGAAGAAGCUGGAGGAGAUCCGGCUCUGCUGGGCUGAGCUCGAGGCUGCCACUCAGGCCAAAGCCCAGCAGCUGCUGGAAGCCACCAAGGCCGACCAGCUGAUGCAGAGUUUCACAGACCUCGACAAGCGUCUGCGCCACAUGGAGAGCCAGCUGCAGGUGGCAGAUGCUGGGCCCGACUUGGCCAGUGUCAACACCAACCUCAAGAAGCUCCAGACCAUGGAGUCGCAGGUGGAAGGAUGGUGUAAGGAAGUAGGGGAGCUGCAGACCCAGGUGGCUGCUCUGCCCAUGGAGGCGGCCAGCAAGGAGCUGGUGGACGAGAGGCAGAAAGUGGUUGGGACACGCAUCGUGCGCCUCAUCGAGCCCCUCAAGGCGCGCCGGAGGAUCCUGCUGGCCGCCAAGGAGGUGCACCAAACCAGCCAUGACCUGGAGGAUGAAAUGGCCUGGGUCCAGGACCGCUUGCCAUUGGCCACACUGAAGGAUCACAGGGACAACUUACAAACUGUCCAGCAGUUCAUCAAGAAGAACCAGAAUCUGCGUCGGGAGAUUCAGGUGCACAAGCCCCGGAUGGAUGAUGUCUUGGAGCGCGCAAACAGCCUUGCCGCCAUCAAGAGCCCCGAGGUCGACUCCGUGCGGCUGCUUCUAGAGAAGCUGUCUGAGCUGUGGGCUGCUCUCCAGGAGGAGACGGAGCGGCGGCAGCAGCUUCUAGAUGCCACCUACCAGGUGGAGCAAUAUUACUUUGACGUCGCUGAGGUGGAGGCCUGGCUGAGUGAGCAGGAGCUCUUCAUGAUGAACGAGGAGAAGGGCAAGGAUGAACAGAGCACCCUACAACUCCUGAAGAAGCACCUGAUGACAGAGCAGACAGUGGAGAACUACGCGGAGACCAUUGCGCAGCUGUCACGGCAGUGCCGAGCACUGCUGGAGCUGGGCCACCCUGACAGCGAACAGAUCAGCAGGCGGCAGUCUCAGGUCGACCGCCUCUAUGUGUCUCUGAAGGACCUGGUGGAGGAGCACAAAGGCAACCUGGAGCAGCAGUACUGGCUCUUCCAGCUCAGCCGCGAGGUGGAUGAGCUGGAGCACUGGAUCGCCGAGAAGGAGGUAGUGGCUGGCUCGCCAGAGCUGGGCCAGGACUACGAUCAUGUGACGCUGCUACAGGAGAAGUUCACAGAGUUUGCCAGUGAGACAGGUAACAUCGGCAACGAGAGGAUCUUGGCCGUCAACCAAAUGGUGGACGAGCUGAUCGACUACGGGCACGCAGAUGCUGCCACCAUUGCUGAGUGGAAGGACGGGGUGAACGAGGCCUGGGCCGACCUGCUGGAGCUGAUGGAGACGCGGGCACAGAUGCUGGCUGCCUCUCACGACCUGCACAAGUUCUUCAAUGACUGCAAGGAUGUGCUCUCCCAAAUCGAGGAGAAGAAGCAGCGCCUGCCAGAGGUCACCACCCGCGAGUCCAAGACCUCGGCUGGCACUCUGCAAAGGAUGCUGAACUCCUUUGAGCAAGACGUGCAGGUCUUGGUGACACAGGUGCGGCAACUGCAGGAGGUGGCAGCCCAGCUGCGGACAGUCUAUGCGGGCGAGAACGCUGAGGCCAUCACCACCAAGGAGCAGGAAGUGAUGCGCUCCUGGAAGGAGCUGCUGAGCUCGUGCGAAGAUUGCCGGCUCCAGAUCACCACCACCACCGACAAGAUCCGUUUCAUCAGCAUGGUGCGAGACCUCAUCUCCUGGAUGGACACUGUUGUCUGCCAGAUUGGCACUGGCGAGAAGCCCAGGGACGUGUCAAUGGUGGAGGUCCUGAUGAACUACCACCAGGGCCUGAAGAGCGAGAUUGAGACCCGCAACAAGAUCAUCGCUGCUUGUGCGGAUCUGGGCAAGACACUAGUUCUCAACAAGAGCCCUGCCUCUGAGGAGAUCAGGCUCCACCUCGAGAAGCUGAUGACCAAGAAGAAAGAGAUGAUUGACAAGUGGGACCGGCACUGGGAAUGGCUGCAGCAAAUGCUGGAGGUCCACCAGUUUGCCCAAGAGGCCAUUGUGGCUGACGCCUGGCUCACUGCCCAGGAGCCCCUGCUGAAGAGCCGGGAGCUGGGGAACAGCGUGGAUGAGGUGGAACAACUCAUCCGGCGCCACGAGGCCUUCCGCAAAGCGGCUGCGGCUUGGGAGGAGCGCUUCAGCUCUCUGCGACGUCUCACCACAAUUGAGAAGUUAAGGGCAGAGCAGAGCAAGCAGCCACCCACUCCCCUCCUGGGCCGCAAGAUCUUUGCAGACCCCACUGAGCUGAGCAACAAGGCCUCUUCCCUCUUGCGCCAGCCGCUGUACGAGAAGGACCUGUUGCGGGGCCGGGGGGAGGCCCAGCCACUCCUCAACGGGGUCAAGCCAGAGCAGCCCCUGGAGCGGGGGGAGGCCAGAGUCGCAUACGUGCGGCAGGAGCUGAAGCCGGAGAGGCUGCAGGCCAAGAUUGACCGCCUGCAGGAGGGGCUGGUAGUCACAGCGGAAUCCAGAGUCCAGGAGAAGGUUGGUGAGGCCAAGGCAGCAGCAGAGGAGGCCCUCAGGGCAGAGAGACUGGGCCACACUGUGGGGGCUCUGGUGGACCAGCUGGAGGCCAAGGCCAGCCGGGUGGAGAUGCAUGUCGAGAGGCACCGGGAGCGCUCUGAGCGGCGCCGGGAGCGGCAGGAGUCCGGCGAGCAGCAGGAACCGCCCCGGCUUGAACCGUCUGAGCGGCGCCGGGAGCGGCGGGAGUCCGGUGAUCAGGAGAUGCCGCGCAAUGACCCCAAAGGAGGCGGCAAGGCCACGCUGGCGGAUAUCGUGGAGCAGCUCCAGGAGAAGGAAUUGACAGUGCCAGCAGCGGCAUCGCCACCGGCCACACCUCGUGAAAGGGAGUCUCCUGCCCGCUUGCCCAAUGGCCUCGAUGUGCUGCCGGAAAGGACGCCCCGCCCUGACCGCCCCCGUGCCCGUGACAGGCCCAAGCCCCGCCGAAGGCCCCGGCCCAAGGACCCCAAUGCCCCACCAGGGGAGGCCCGCCGGUCGCGCUCCGCCCCUGCCCAGGGCAGCGCCCCGCCCCCGCCUCCCCCCACGCACUCAGUCCAGCAGGAGGGGUACCUUCUCCGCAAACUGGAGCUGGAGGGGCCAAACAAGAAAGCCUCCAACAGGUCCUGGAUCACCCUCUAUUGUGUCCUCAGCAAGGGGGAGUUGGGUUUCUACAAGGAUUCCAAGGGGCGGGAAUCUGGGAGCACCCACGGCAACGAGCCCCUCCUCAGCCUGCACAAUGCCACUGGCGAAGUGGCCAAUGACUACAAGAAGAAAAAGAACGUGCUGAAGAUUAAGACAAACGAGGGAGGCGAAUUUCUCCUGCAAGCCAAGGAUGAGGAGGAGAUGAAGACCUGGCUGCAAGCACUCACCACCUCCAUCUCAGAGCACACCGAGAUCGCCCGGUGGAGCCAGGCUCUGCUCACAACCUCCUCGACUGACGAAGGCAACCCCAAGCGGGACACUGACCGCAGGGCCAGCACAUCGGGCAGGAAGAAAUGAGGCUGCCCUGCUACGGGGCCCAGAAGCUGAGGAGGAACUGUCCAGAACUCCAUGGGGCCAGCAACUCUGUGCCCACAGACUCCCUGGCCUUGCCCACCAGGAGCUUCCUUUGCCAGACUGGGAGCGUUUGGGUGCACUUUGGGGAGGGGGAAGGCUGGCACCAGGGCAGUUCAGGGACCCUCAUGCUGCUGGGGAGGGAAGGGCCAGGCUGUCCCUGAGGAGGGAGGCAUGUCUGCUCCCUGGCCCCUCCCUGACUCCAGGACCUGGUUGAACCAGGCAGGACUUUGGAGGCAGCGAAUGGGAAGGUUGGAGGCGUGGACCGCCAGCUUAGGAGACCUGUCACUGUUUCAGAGAAAGAAAGAGCUGGUGUUUCAAAGGGGCACCAGAGCUGCCCCGCCUUUGUCUGCCUUGCCCCUGCCAGGAGGCAGAAGGAUUAGCAAAUGCCCAGGGCUCUAGAGGCCAGAGGCUGCUGUGUUUUCCCUGUAUGGUGCCCAGGAACAGACGCCCACAUGGAGUCAUGUUUUCUGUUUCAAGGCCUAAUCUUUUGUCUGCAAGGAACCUUUGGGGAGCUCUGCAGAACCCCCCCCCCUUUUCUGUCUCCUGUCUUCCAGUCCUGCAGCUGUGCUCCUCAGUGCAAAAUGCUCCUUGAGCAGAGUGUGGGUAUUGUGGGGGGCUCCCUGGGGUAUUGCUCUGGAUCCCUCUGUGUGCCUCCCCCCCCAUCUGUUUGUCUGCAAUCAAACCCUCACAGGAACUGUUUUCGACAGAAUGAAUUGCUCAAGAGUCAUGUGUGCUGGAAGGAAGAGGAAGAGUCUGGGCGGGGGGGGGGCUAGUAUGUCAGCCCAGCUCUUCUUUAGGUUCAUGCCAAUCUCACUUUUGCAAACAUUGUCCCCCCCCCCCCCCGUCUGCUGCCUGCUUAGGUGCCUUUGCACCUCCUUCAAUGCAGCAUUCUGAUGCCAUCCUGGCUAAAAUCUCCUGUGUACUCCCCUCAGUGAUGGGCUGAGGACCAGCAAUGGCAAAAAAGGCCCCUUUUCCUCCACAGCAUUGGCCAGUAAUGGGUUUGGGAGUUCUGCUGCUCUCACUACAUCAUUCCCCUUCCCAGGAGCUUCUCCUCUGGGCUCCACGUGGACUCAGACGGAGAAGAUUCCUGCUUCCAAAGGGGCCUGCAGAUAGGCCAGGCAGGGCCCAGACUUGGGAAUACAAAGCCAUGUCAGCAGCACAAGAGCGUGGAGAGUUCUUAGUGGGCACAGCCAUAUCCCCCCCUCCAUCACCACUUCUGCUUUGGGGAAGGGCACUGCCUAUCUUUUGUUGCACAGAUAUGUAUUUUUAUGCAAUAAAUGGUGGGGUGUAUGCGAUGGCAAAGCCAAGAACGGCACCUGGGCGCAGGAGCAGGGCACAAGGAGGUACGGGCCGGGGGUCAAAAGCUCCACCAGGCCAGGGGCAGUGAGUGGAGGGAGUAACUGGCCUCAAGCCGGAGCAAUGACUGGCAUGCCCCAAGCAUGCAGCCUUGCCCAGUUCAGAACUGCACAGCAGCGCCUGCUGCAUCACUGGAGAGAAGUUGCCUGGGGUCAUGCAGGUCGGCCAGAGGUUUUAUAUCCCUUUGGGAAAGGGGGUCUUCUGACCAUGCAGAGGCUGGACUGGUCCAGAUGAGAAUUCAGUUUUAAAGCUGGAUGGGCUCCCUCAGACCCUUGCUUGGUACCUGGAGGGCUUCCGGUUUCAUUCUCCCCUGCCUGGUUUCCAGCUCUUGCCAUUCAGCACAGAGAGGAAGCAGGAAGACAGCUGCUGUCCCUGAAGCAAGAUGGGCGGAUACUCCAGGCCGCAGGAAAUGUUGGGGCCUGCAGCUCACAUCAGUUGUCUUAAGAGAACAGGAAGGACGUCGCCUUCAGCCAAGGCAGACCCCUAGUCUGGCUUACUUGGUAUUUUUGACACUGACUGGCAAUGGCUCCCCAUAGUUUCAGGCAGGCGUGGCCUAGGUGUACCUGGAGAUGGAUGGGGAAGGUUGAACCGGGCACCUUCUGGGUACAAAGCAGGUCCUUGACCACUGAACCAUGGCCGUUCUGCCUAUCUCUCCCAGGACAGCGCAUGAGAUCCUUAAGAUCUCACUUCUGCUGGGAAAUGCCAGCCUUUUAAGUGAAUCUUACUUUUUUGAACUACAACUCCCAUGAGCCCAAUCCCUGGGGCUGAUGGGAGUUCUAGUUUUAAAAAGUAAUUUUUCCAAGCUCUGGAUUCACGUGGUGGUGAUGAAAUGCCUUGUGCCACCAUUUUACUACAGUAAAUUUAUUACUAGUUAAUAUACAUUUGGCAUUUAUGAAGGAGUCGGUACAUUUCUACUGACUCCACCCAAAAUUGCUCCCGACUCCAUGACUCUGACUCCACAGCCCUGGUUUCCACAGUGCCUCUCCUGGAAUCAGUGCAGUUUUAUCAGUUAACGCUUCCACAUCCCUCCCCUCUCAGCCUUCCCUAAUUGUUCAGAACCCUGUAACAUAUUGUAAUUGCUUUAAAUAAGUUUUUUGGUCUUGUAUAGAAAAAGAACCACCAAAACUGGA